AUUUUAUGCAUGUCAUUUUACUCACCCCCUUCUAUUUAACUGCCAAACCCAUCAGAGGUUGAUAAAGGGGUGUUUAAAUUAAGGAUCUGAUGGGGUUACUCAGGGAGUCUCCGGAGGCUCCUGAGGCUAUUGCCUGUAGUUUGUAAACACCAGUAGCAGAGAUGAGAUGAAGAAAAUGUUCAGUGACUGCUUCUUUGCCAGAGCUGAGUCUGAUUUCUGUGGAAACUAGUCUUUUUUAUUGCUUAAAGAGAUCUUGCAGAUUGUUUGCCUGGUUAUGCUCGGCUGAAUGCCCUCUGAGUCAAGCAACUGAAGGACGGAGACCACUUUUCCUCUGGAUAUGUGUCACAAAGAUGUCUACACGGAACUGCCAGGGGAUGGAUUCAGUGAUCAAGCACCUGGACACAAUCCCUGAGGAUAAAAAAGUCAGAGUUCAGAGGACACAGAGCACUUUUGACCCGUUUGAGAAACCAGCCAAUCAAGUAAAAAGGGUGCAUUCUGAGAACAAUGCUUGCAUUAACUUUAAGUCCUCCUCUGCUGGCAAAGAGUCACCUAAAGUUCGAAGGCACUCCAGCCCCAGCUCGCCAACAAGUCCCAAGUUUGGAAAAGCUGACUCAUAUGAAAAACUGGAAAAGCUAGGGGAAGGAUCUUAUGCAACAGUGUACAAAGGGAAAAGCAAGGUAAAUGGGAAGCUGGUGGCUCUAAAGGUGAUCAGGCUGCAGGAAGAAGAGGGGACACCUUUCACGGCCAUCAGGGAAGCUUCUCUAUUGAAAGGAUUAAAGCACGCAAACAUUGUGCUGCUCCAUGACAUCAUCCACACCAAGGAGACACUGACGCUUGUCUUUGAAUAUGUGCACACUGAUUUAUGUCAGUACAUGGACAAGCACCCUGGAGGACUCCAUCCAGACAAUGUGAAGUUGUUUUUAUUUCAGUUGCUGCGAGGGCUGUCUUACAUCCACCAGCGGUAUAUUCUGCACAGAGACCUGAAACCACAGAACCUCCUCAUCAGUGACACGGGGGAGUUAAAGCUGGCAGAUUUCGGUCUUGCAAGAGCAAAAUCCGUCCCUAGCCACACAUACUCCAAUGAAGUGGUUACCUUGUGGUACAGACCUCCGGAUGUUCUCCUGGGCUCUACAGAGUAUUCCACCUGCCUUGACAUGUGGGGAGUUGGCUGCAUCUUUGUUGAGAUGAUCCAAGGAGUCGCUGCAUUUCCAGGAAUGAAAGACAUUCAGGACCAACUUGAACGAAUAUUUCUGGUUCUUGGAACACCAAAUGAGGACACAUGGCCUGGAGUUCAUUCUUUACCACAUUUUAAGCCAGAACGCUUUACCGUGUACAGUUCUAAAAGCCUCAGACAAGCAUGGAAUAAGCUCAGCUAUGUAAACCAUGCCGAAGAUCUGGCUUCCAAGCUUCUACAGUGUUCCCCAAAGAACAGGCUAUCUGCACAGGCCGCCUUGAGCCACGAGUAUUUCAGCGAUCUCCCCCCGCGGCUAUGGGAGCUGACUGAUAUGUCUUCUAUUUUUACCGUCCCAAAUGUGAGAUUACAACCUGAAGCUGGAGAGAGUAUGAGGGCCUUUGGAAAAAACAAUACUUAUGGCAAAAGUCUAUCGAACACCAAGCACUGACUGGCCUGGCCUUCUCGGGAGAGCACAGGAUUAAGUUGUCAUCAUUCUGGGAAGAAAAAGAAGAAGAAAAAAUACAAAAAUAAAAAAAAAUUAAAAAAAACACUAAUGAAGUGGCCAACAGUGCUGGGCUCCUGGAUCAGUUCCCUUCUGCCCCCUGUGGUGGAUUUCACUUACAAGAAAAUUGAAGCUGGCAAGACCCUGUUUUCUCUGCAAUUUAUUUAAAACCUUGCACGCAUUUGGAUACGUUGUGAUUCCCAAGAACUAUGUGAAGAUUAAGCUUUGCUUACUGAUACAUGGCAUGUAUUCUUUUCAGUCUUUUGUGUUUGAUUCUGUUUGAUUUCCCUCUGCUGCACAGUGUCUCUGUGAAGCUUUUCAUGCUUUUGCCAGCCAUGUCUUAAAUACAUGAAGACAACACAUUUGGUGUUCACACUUCCUCAGCAAUGUCUGCACUUGAAAGCACACAGUGGCACGAGACAAUGUGUAUUUUCUUUGCGAACAGAGUGCAUUCUUCAACCACCAGGAAGGAUAUUCUUAUUGCUAAAACAAGCCCAUGCUUUCUGGCCGACUAGACACCGUGGUCCCAGACAGUGGGGCUCGACCUGUUGCUUACUUUUGAGGACGUUUGGAAAUGUGGGGUUUUCUUUUUUAUUGGAAAUGUCCCCAUAUUUAUAGGAGCCCAGAAUCUGCUUAGCAUUUCCAAUAAGUUUCUGAGCAGGUUGUGGGUAGAAAAACAAGCACCAAGAACAAAGACAGGAAUGAAGGCUGUUUUUUUUUGUUGUUGUUGUUUGUUUGUUUGUUUUUUGUUUUUUUGAGUUUUUUUUCCUUUUAACCCGUAGAAAGCAAGGCAACUUUUACAUGUGUUCUGGGUCUUGUCAACAUUUAAUUUUUUCCAUUAACUCUGUUAUGCUCUUUAUUUUUUAACUGGAGAAAAUAGUGAGGAAUAUCUUUCUUAAAACUUGGGUGCAAAAAAAAAAAAAAUCUGUCAGGGUGAGUCCUGGAAGCCAUCUUGGCUGAUUAAUGCUUAAAAGGCAAAUUUAAAAAUUAUCUACCGUUAAAAUUUUUUGCUCACUUACAACAAAGCACCUUUGAAUUAGAUUGUUCAGAAACAUUCCAAGCCGUUCAGAAGGCAUCACUGGGUACCAGACUUUAAACCACUCUCCCGUAAUAACUGUUCAAGUUCAGUUCUUAAAAGCAAUGCAGGAAUUUUGCUUUAAAAAUAGAAGUGUCAAAGAAAGGUCUGGCUUCCCUUGUUUUAAGGGGCUCUGGGACCUUGGAAGAUGAAGGCAAGUUUGUGUCACGGGGAGAGGGGACUCUGGCAUAUACUGCACCUUGAUCUGGGGGAGCUGCCCAGUGCCAGCCUCUUCCACAAGCAGCCUCACCACAGAAUCCCAGGAAAGCUGGGCCCAAGGGACAGUUUGGAAACUUCACAUAAAGAGUGCCCUUUGCACAUCCUGACACAAAUCCCCAUGGAAACACAUCUGUGCACAUUGUUUUAUGUUUUACUGCUCCUGAGAAAAGAGGAAAAACUAAGAGCUUGAAAGGUGUCACAGUUUUAGGAUCAGGCCUAGGAAUAUGAUCCACUUUGACAAGGGCUUUCUGAUUCUUGAAUGAGGGAUGGGCUUCUUUGUCGUCAAACCCAGUGUGUCCCUGGAAGCAGAGCCAGCUUCCUAAACUUUCAAAGGCAUUGUCUCGGAGUAAUAGGCAUAACCUACCCUCUGGCCUAUCCAGAGGGAGCAGGAACUGCGAUCUUGGAAACCCUGAACAAGGAAUUGCUUCCUGAAUGGUUUGGAAGAAGGCAAACAUGUCAUACAAGGUGACAAUGUUUCCUGUUUGCUGCCUGGGAAUAAUUUUCAUCCCUCUUCAUACAUUCCUUCCCUGGGAAGUCUUCACAGGUAUUUUGAUUUAAAGUAUAAUUAAAUUGGGAGUUCUUUAAGUGGGGAAAAAACUUUAUGUGUAAUUAAAAACAGCAUCCCCUGUGAUUUGCUUAGGAUCCUCCAUUCAUCUGGGGGGAGGGGGGAGCAUCAUGUUUAUAUUUCACUAAGUAUAAGUCAGGAGCUCCAUGCUAAUGUUAAAAGGUUUCAAGUAAGAUUCAAGUAAGAAGGUAAAGGCAACUAGAGAUCCAUGUCCUUGUCUAGACAGCUUCUCCUGGGAAGUAAGACAUAACACUGCUCGGUGUGGGGUCUGCCUCAAGUCAGGCACCUCUCAGGUUAGAAGGGUUCCGGUUCCCAUCCUUGUCAUCAAGGAAGGAAAUCCAAAGUGUCUGCCCCCUCCAGCCUCGCACAGUCAUAUUCCCCUUCCCCUGCUCUUCCCUUCUGCCCUCUCUGAGGGCAUCAUGAAAACCAGUACAGACUACAUUCAUUACCUGUUAUUAUACUAUUGAGAAAGCGCUGGAAUGCUUGGUGAGAUUAUUUUUCUAUGAAGGAAUAGCUUGAGUUUAGACAGCUGGUAAGAAUAGCACGGACACCUUGGCAUGGCGAUUGUAUCCACUCCCCUUCACUGCACACAGUAUUUGGAAAGGAAGUAUGGUACUUAGUUUCCAUUUCUUAAGGGGAUCCGUUUAAUUAAUUAAGAAAUACAAGAUACAUAGGGCGCGAAAAUGUGUUUGCUGUACUAGCCAAAAAAUUAGAGGUGUAAGUCAGGGGGAGCUGCCAUGCAAGGAUGAGAAUGUAUUUCUAGCUCUCAAGUGACUAGAAAAGCUCCAAGGGAGCCUGUGGGGACUUAGGAAAGCCAAGACCUCUUGGUACCCUUCCCUCUCUGUAUGUGACAGCCACUAUAAUCAGUACCCUAAGUAUGCGUCCAUGGCAGACACCCAUCUGUGAAUAUUAUGGUUUGUAAUCUUCUGUUAUAUAAGAGGAUGUUUAGGUUGUACAUACCGGGGUAGAUCGUUGCCUGCCCCUAUACAUAGAAAUAUGCUGCAUAAUUGUGCAUAACUUCCUUCUCCUUCCCCGGCUUGUACACAGAGGAAACUGUAUGUUAGCCUUCCAUUUCCUCGUAUACCAAACUGAAAAUUUUUAAAUCUCAAAUGAAAUAAGCGAUUUCCUGUUCUUACUGCCCCCUUUCACAGCAGCAUAUAUUAGAGGCACAUAUAAAAAUCUACAUUCUUUGUUUGUGAGUGGACUUUCCAUUUUUCCUUGUUUCCUCUUUUUUCUUUCCCCCUUUGUUUCUAUGAUGCACUGAGUUGUGUACUUUUUAAUGGGGUUAGUACCUCAGAUACUCAUUAUGCUUCAACAUGACACAUAGCAAGGAGAAUGGAAUACUACAUGUUGCAUAUGUGUUGCCAAUUGUAUUUUGUCUGUAUUAUGAAGGAUGUAAUGGUUUGUCAGCUGUCAUUGUUGUUUUCUGUAACAUGAUAUGGAAUAAAGUAUAGCCGAAUCUGCAUA